AUGCCCGGGCAGAAGGACCAGCACCCCCGCCCUGCUGACGCGCAGCGUACCACUCACGAGGCUGCUGAGGGGGCGGGGUCUUACGAGUGCGCUGCUGCUACUGGCGCUGACCACCACCGAAGCCGCCCCGCUGUGCAGAGCCACCCCGACCAGCUCCACCUCCACCGCCGCCACCUCCGCCACCGCCACCUCCUCCGCUCCCACCGCCACUGCCUAAGCCGCCUCCGCCUCCACCGCCGCCGCCGAAGCCUCCACCCCCGCCUCCACUCCCACCGCCACCCCCACUCCCUCCGCCGCCUCCACCGCCACCUCCACCACCCCCGCCAGCCCCUCCAGCGCCCUUGCCCCCCUUGCCCUUGCCGGACGCUAGGGGUAGCCAUGACAGCAGUAGCAGCAGUAGUAGCAGCAGUGACAGCAGUAGUAGCAGUGGCAGCAGGAGCAGUAGUGCGGCGAUGUUCUUACCAGAGGAGAGGGCCGCAAGCGGUGGGGCAGGGCCGAGGCGCGCCGGCAGGGACGGGCCGAGGUGCGCAGGCACGGCCGAGGCGCGCCGGUAGGGGCGGGCCGAGGCGCGCCGGCAGGGACGGGCCGAGGCGCGCCGGCAGGGCCGAGGUGCACCGGCGGCUGCAGUCAGCGGCGGCGACGGCUCCGGCCCCGGCUGAGGUGGCGGCGGCUGCUGCUGGUGACGGCGGCGGCUGCUGCGGCGGCUGCGGCCCCGGCUGA